AUUACAUGGAAUAGUUACAUAAAGUUAGUUUUUGUUAUGACAACAUUAACUUACCUUUCUACCUUGGAAGAAGUAACUUCGUGCCCUGAUAAUGUCUUGGGCCAUGAAAUUGGACACCUAUCCCCUGAUGUGGUAACGAGAUAUAUUUUCUUUCUUCGGUCAGAACUGCAAAGUGCAAGACAAUACAUAGAGGCAAAGGACCAAGAAAUCAAUUUCCUCAAGUUCAAAUUAAACGACAUGAAUAUAUCAGACCCGUUCUCACCAGACACAUCCCCAUCCUGUUCAAUGAGCAAUCAUAAUGGAUUCAUAAAUCUAACACUUCAUAAGACAAAGGUCUCCCAGUCUUCAACAGGGUGGGGUGGUGACUGCUUGCGAGCAGUUGAUGGUAAUACUGAUGGGACCUAUAAAAAGAAUGGUGUCACACAUACUGAUCCGAAAGUUGAUGAGGGUUGGGCAUGGUGGAGUUGUGAUUUGGAUGGUUGGUAUAAGGUCAACUCCGUAAGAAUUUACAAUAGAGUUGAAUGUUCUGAAAGAAUAGAUGGUGCUUCAAUUCUGUUAGGGAAAAAAGUAAUUGGAACUAUUCGUUAUAACCAAGGACAACAACUCUAUGAGUUUUUUGCUGACAACUAUCCUGCAAACUGUGUAACAGUGAUAUUGACGACAGGAAAGCCUCUUUCAUUGGCACAAGUGGAAGUUUGGGGCAACAGCAUGCAAAUUCAUCCACUGUAUAAUGUUGCUAAAAAACAGCCUUGCUUCCAAUCUUCAAUUUCACAUUUGCAUGGUGGUGAUCCAAACAGGGCUGUUGAUGGGAUUGAAGAUCCAAGGUAUAUCUCUGGGCAUACAACUCAUAAUGAUAAUAAGAAGGAGAAGUCAGCAUGGUGGAAUGUGGUGUUGGAUAAACGGUUUAGAAUACAUGAAAUCAACUUAUUGAACCGUCUGGAAUGUUCUAAGAGGAUAAACAAAGCAGAGGUGUUCAUUGAUUCUUAUCUUAUCCAUACAAUCGAAUACAAACCUGGAUUGUUGUGGUAUCACAUACCAGUAAAAGGAGUUAGGUAUGGCAAGAAAGUAGAAAUCAAGUUGAAUACUGGAGAACCACUUAGUCUGAGUGAGGUGGUUGUUAUGAGUGAUCGUACCACUGAACCAGAUUUGAUGAACUUGGCUCAUAGAAAAACUCGGGUUACACAGUCUUCAACUGGAUGGGGUGGUGAUCCACUCAGAGCUGUUGAUGGUAGCACAGAUGGUGUUUAUGAAAGUAAAGGGGUUACUCAUACUGAUCCUGGGAGAGAUAAAUCGUGGGCUUGGUGGCAUUGUGAUCUUGAGGAUUUUUACAAAAUAAGAUCAGUAAAGAUAUACAAUAGAGUAGAGUGUGCUGAUAGGAUUAAUAAUGCUGCCAUUCUUUUGGGAAGGAAAGUCGUAGGAACAAUCCAAUAUGAAAAAGGCAAGCAAGUCUACGAAUUUCUUACAGAUGAUUACAGUGCUUCAACUGUAUCUGUUUUACUUACUUCUGGUAAACCUCUCUCCUUGGCCCAAGUUGAAGUCUUUGGGACUGGUGAGAAAAGCACUAUUCUCCGAGACAUAGCUGUGGGAAGAUCUUGUUACCAAUCAUCGGUAGCUGAUAACGGAGAAGCCAACAGAGCUGUCAAUGGAAUUGAAGAUCCAAGAUUUAUUAAUGGUAAUACCACUCAAACAGACCCCUCUGUAGAUGGCUCGUUAGCUUGGUGGUAUGUUGAUCUUACUCAGAGCUACAGAAUAUUUGAGAUUAAUAUACUGAGCCGACUUGAACAAGCUAACAAAAUAGACAAAGCUAAAGUAUACCUUGACUCCCAACUUAUACACACGAUAGAGUACAAGAAGGGAAGCGUUGGAUGGUAUCAUAUCCCUAUGGAAGGAAUCGUUCAUGGCAGGAGGGUGGAAAUAAAGCUGGAUACCAAAGCACCUCUGUGUCUUACUGAGGUUGUGGUUUUGGGUGAUGGGUAUUAUAUUCAACCAGAAAAGGGCAAUAUUGAAUAAGUUAUAUCAUGUUGUACUGGCAUAAACCCUAGAUAUAUAUAUGAGAUUAUGAUAUAUAUUUUUCAAUCUAAUUAACCACAUUUUUUGUGAGCCUUAGUAAGCUUUUCAAACAAAACACGAAUAAAAGGUGAAUUUAAUUUAUUCCAAACUAUAUCACAAUAUUUUUCUAUUUAAGAAUAACAUAAAUUGUAAUUAAAAGCUGUUCGCUCAUUUUCAUGUCAUUUUCAUGUCAUCUACUUUGUAGUAACUUUCAAGUUGCUUACAAUCAAGUUAAUUAAAGGAAUAAAUGUGUCAAAUAAUGACAAAUGUAAUGAUAAUCGUUUUUUAAAGUUUUAAAAUGUGACAAAUAGAAUUUUUAAUUUUUAGUAAAUGUCAUGUUUGGUUCAUUUUUAGAUAUUAUAUCAGAUGUUAAUAAAUUGGUUGUUUUUAUACUGUAGCUAUUUCAGACAUGCACGUUCCUAAUUUUAGAUUUCAUUG